UGAAGUCUUGUUUAGAACCUCUGCAACUGGAUCAUUACUUAAGCAUUCAUCAAUUAAAAAAGGAUUACCCACUAUGCAGCCGUGCGUUUUGUUUAUAUAUACCCAUAGUUUCAGCCUAGCAAUGGCAAGUAGGGAAUCUCUUCUUCCUGGAGGGUAAAGAAGUUGGUAGGGGUGGUUGGUUCAAAGCUUUUGAUUACUCUAAUGUUAUCCACGUAAUCCGAGGACAGGAUGAAAAGUUGGUAUGGUGGGGUUCAUUCAUACCUACUCUUGACAGCGACCUGCAAUUUGUUGAGGGUUAAUGGAUUUCACAUAAAUAGGCUAGGGACGGCAAUGCAAUUGAAGCUCAGGUAUAGAGAUCAUAAUGGGUGUUUGGGGCGGGGUUUUGGUGGUGGUGCUGUUAGUGGUAGUAUACAAGGUGGUGCAAUGGAAGAGAUACAGGCUUCCUCCAGGGCCUAGGGCGCUGCCUGUAGUGGGGAAUCUGCUAGACAUAGGUGCAGUGAGGUUUAGGUGUUUCUAUGAUUGGUCCAAGCAAUAUGGUCCUAUCAUUUCCGUGUGGUUUGGGUCGACGCUGAAUGUGAUAGUGAGCAAUACAGAGCUGGCAAAGGAGGUUCUUAAGGAGCAUGAUCAGCAGCUGGCUGACAGACCCAGAUCCAGAUCAGCUGAAAAAUUCAGUAGAAAUGGUCAGGACUUGAUUUGGGCAGAUUAUGGCGCACAUUAUGUCAAGGUCCGGAAGGUAUGCACUCUGGAGCUCUUCACUCCCAAGAGGCUGGAGGCCCUCAGGGCUGUGAGGGAAGACGAGGUUGCUGCAAUGGUGGAAUCCAUUUUUAAGGAUCAAGGCCCAGGCAAGGCUUUGGUCGUUAAGAAAUAUCUGUCAGCUGUGGCAUUCAACAACAUUACCAGAAUUGCCUUUGGAAAACGGUUUGUAAACGAAGAAGGGAAGAUGGAUCCACAAGGAGUGGAGUUCAAGGAAAUAGUUGGAACAGGAUUGAAGCUGGGAGCUUCCCUCACUAUGGCCGAACAUAUUCCCUAUCUCCGUUGGAUGUUCCCUUUGGAAGAAGGUGCAUUUGCUAAGCAUGGUGCGAGGAGAGACAGACUCACCAAAGCCAUUAUGGAAGAGCACACUCUGGCUAGACAGAAGAGUGGUGCAAAACAACAUUUUGUGGAUGCACUGCUUACACUACAAGAAAAGUACGAUCUGAGUGAGGAUACGAUCAUUGGUCUCCUUUGGGACAUGAUCACUGCGGGGAUGGAUACAACAGCCAUAACUGUGGAAUGGGCCAUGGCUGAACUUGUUCGCAAUCCUCGAGUGCAGCAGAAAGUUCAAGAAGAGCUAGAUAGGGUGAUUGGCCAGGACAGAGUAAUCAAUGAGACCGAUUUUUCUAAUUUGCCUUACUUGCAAUGUCUGACAAAAGAGGCUCUCCGCUUGCACCCACCUACUCCCUUGAUGCUUCCACACAAAGCAACAGAGAAUGUCAAGAUAGGUGGCUAUGAUAUACCCAAGGGGUCGAAUGUACAAGUUAAUGUGUGGGCCAUUGCUAGGGAUCCAGCUCUAUGGAAGGAUCCAUUGGCCUUUAGGCCUGAGAGAUUUCUUGAAGAGGAUGUUGACAUUAAGGGCCAUGAUUAUAGAUUGCUGCCAUUUGGUGCAGGGCGGAGGGUCUGCCCUGGUGCACAAUUGGGUAUUUAUUUGGUUCAGUCUAUGUUGGUUCACUUACUUCACCAUUUCACAUGGACCCCUCCUGAAGGAAUGAAGGCAGAAGAUAUAGAUCUCACAGAAUCUCCCGGACUUGUAACUUUCAUGGCCAAGCCUGUACAGGCCAUUGCAACUCCUCGAUUGCCUGAGCAUCUCUACCGUAGGGUUCCAAAAAUGUGACAGUUUCAGCUAUGCAAGAAGAUGAGUAUCCUUUCCACGGUCAACCUCUGAAACCUAUUUUGUGGUAUGCAAUAACAGUAUGCUGAACAAAUAUACAUCUAUCAAAUCAAGCACUCUCUAUUAGAUGUUCAUUUUCAACUUGGAUUGACAAAUUAGGUGUAUUUAACUAGUGUAAAUUUGUAUGUUUAUUUUGGAAUAGGCAAUUCCAUAAAGCGCUCAUUGCUUUGUAGAAAGUGCAAUGAACAGCCUCUAUAGAUCCCACUUUAAUGGGGGAGGAUGUGCUCUUAGUUGAGGACAACCUGAAUAAUCACACGGUGCAUUGAUGCUACUUAAAAAACAUUUCAGUAGGAUGCCAUUGAUGAUGCUUAUUCUGGUCAAUUCAUAUAUAUACAUAUAUGAAUAUAAAUAUAAAUUUGUGAGAUUUUU